ACAAAAACUCGCGCGAACUCGGCAACCAAGCUGCUUCACAGCUGAGAGCAGAAUCCUGAGGACGAAAGCGGGACACUUGCAAACAUCAGUAAAUGGAACACGACGAAAUUCCCUCCAGAUCUGACUCUCAAAGGUCGGCGAUGGCACGACGAGGUUGGUGAGCUUGAAGAGUUGAGAAACCCCGUCUCUGGAAGCACACAGGAGCUACCCCACAUUGGACUUGCCGUGCGCCCACCCAAAUCGGCCUAGUACGGCGCGCUAUCUCUUCGUCUCCCCACCAAAUGAGGAAUGGCGUAAACAAGCGAGAACGCAGGGACCACCAGGCAGCCAGACCUGCCCUGUGUUUGGCUUGGAUUGGCGGUGCCUGAUCUCCACCCUGGCAGCUGCAAGCGGUGAACGAUCCGCGCCUUUUCAUUUCUCGCCCCAAAAUCAACAAUCUCCUCUCUCCUGACCGACUUCUCCACCAACAGCUUUUCCCGCCAGCUCGCGCGCACCUCGACUGCUUCGAUUCUUCAUCCUGCAGCUCGCACCUCCUCGCAAACCAGCUUCUACACAAUCCCAUCAAAAUGCGUGAGAUCGUUCACCUCCAGACCGGCCAAUGCGGUAACCAAAUUGGUGCCGCUUUUUGGCAGACCAUCUCGGGCGAGCACGGCCUUGACAGCAAUGGCGUGUACAAUGGCACCUCCGAGCUCCAGCUCGAGCGCAUGAACGUCUACUUCAACGAGGCCUCCGGCAACAAGUAUGUCCCUCGUGCCGUCCUCGUCGACCUGGAGCCCGGCACCAUGGAUGCCGUCCGCGCUGGACCCUUCGGCCAGCUCUUCCGCCCUGACAACUUCGUCUUCGGCCAGUCCGGUGCUGGCAACAACUGGGCCAAGGGUCACUACACCGAGGGUGCCGAGCUCGUGGACCAGGUCCUCGAUGUCGUCCGUCGCGAGGCCGAGGGCUGCGACUGCCUCCAGGGCUUCCAGAUCACCCACUCGCUCGGUGGUGGUACCGGUGCCGGUAUGGGUACCCUCCUGAUCUCCAAGAUCCGCGAGGAGUUCCCCGACCGCAUGAUGGCCACCUUCUCGGUCGUGCCCUCGCCCAAGGUCUCCGACACGGUCGUCGAGCCUUACAACGCCACUCUCUCGGUGCACCAGCUGGUCGAAAACUCGGACGAGACCUUCUGCAUUGACAACGAGGCCCUCUACGACAUCUGCAUGCGCACCCUGAAGCUGUCGAACCCCUCGUACGGUGACCUCAACUACCUGGUCUCGGCCGUCAUGUCGGGCGUCACCGUCUCGCUGCGCUUCCCCGGCCAGCUCAACUCGGACCUUCGCAAGCUGGCCGUCAACAUGGUUCCUUUCCCGCGUCUCCACUUCUUCAUGGUUGGCUUCGCGCCUCUGACCAGCCGUGGCGCCCACUCGUUCCGCGCCGUCUCCGUUCCUGAGUUGACCCAGCAGAUGUUCGACCCCAAGAACAUGAUGGCUGCGUCCGACUUCCGCAAUGGUCGCUACCUCACCUGCUCUGCCAUCUUCCGUGGCAAGGUCUCCAUGAAGGAGGUUGAGGACCAGAUGCGCAACGUCCAGAACAAGAACUCGUCCUACUUUGUCGAGUGGAUCCCGAACAACGUCCAAACGGCGCUGUGCUCGAUCCCGCCGCGCGGUCUCAAGAUGUCGUCGACCUUCGUCGGCAACUCGACGGCCAUCCAGGAGCUGUUCAAGCGUGUUGGCGAGCAGUUCACGGCCAUGUUCCGCCGCAAGGCCUUCUUGCACUGGUACACUGGCGAAGGCAUGGACGAGAUGGAGUUCACCGAGGCCGAGUCCAACAUGAACGAUCUCGUCUCGGAGUACCAGCAGUACCAGGAUGCUGGCGUCGACGAGGACGAGGAGGGUUAUGAGGAGGAGGUUCCUGUCGAGCAGGAGGAGUAAAGCUUGCUCUGCUUGCUCCGCUCAUCAUCUGCGAGAAACCUUUUGGUUUUUCCUUUCUCUGUAAGCCAGCCAGCCAGCUAGCCAGUUUGCACCGGAUGGCUGGCUGUCGUCAGCUGUGAGCUAGUAGUAUCUUGAUCGUCUUGUUAAUGAUCAUAUUCCAGGCGGGGUUGUUGCCUCCCUGUCUUAUUGCCUG